GAUAAAAUUAAUUUAUCUGGCACUCUUUCGAAGCAUUUUUUGGAUGAAGCCUUGUGGUGGUCGUUCGGCCCCUGCGUUCUCCAGGGAGGCUAUUCCUAUAGAGGCCCUUUCAGAAUUCGAUGUCCAGGAAAUACACUUUGAUGGCAAGGAGGUUCUUGAAAAACGCAUUGUUUUUAGGCCACUUACUCCAGCGGAAACAUUCCAAAGGAUUGUUAAUAAGAUUGAUUUUUCUAAGGAUUAUGAACUCGAGGCAAAUAGCAGCUUUUCGAAUCAGAAUCAGACCAAUGACUACAUGUGGAAUUCUCUCAAGGAUGCAGUUAGAAACCCUUUGACUGAAGUUACUGCCUUUGUUGACAUACUCCAGGUCAUAAUUGAUGGUCGCUAUUUGUCCCUUUAUCCAGUGGCUCCUACACAGACAAAGUCAAAGUUGAAUUUAGCUUUGGCAGGAAAGCGAAUGGCUUUGGCUUCGGCGGCAGAUAUGCUUAUUAAAGGGGCUGAAAGGCUAAGAAAAAGGCAUGCAGAACUUGCAGAUUCUCGGUGUGGUGUGUCAAUUUCUCUCGGAAAAGAAAUCAAUGAAUCAACUAAUUACCAUGAAAAUCUUAAGCAGCUUCGCCGUGAAUGGCGUCUCAAGACUAAUCAUCAUACAGUUAUUGGUGACAUUAGCCUUAGAUGCAUAGGAUCACGUUUUCGCGAACCAGGAACUUUUGAAGUAUGCGAGACUGAGAUUCUGCGCAAGCGUAGGCACAUUUCUUGCCUGCCUACACCAUCAGGCUCGAUGAAAAGUUUAGAUGUAGAUGCUUCAGUUAUAGGACUGCAACUAUAA